ACGUGUACGGAGUGCGCCUGCGCGGCGUAGCCGUCGGUGUUUCCGGUGUGUGGUUCCCUCCCUCCGUCCUCCCCCCAGGCUCGGAGCUGGGGCCGGGCGAACCCAGGCAGAGUUGUGUCCGCUGCCGCCAUGGCCCAGCCCGGGAGACCCCCCGCCGCCUCCGGGCACAGCAGCCAGAACGGGGCUGGAGAGGAGCGCUACAGCAACGGUCCUGUGCAAAACUCACUGAUGCAUUCAUCACAAAUGUUAGAUGGCCAAGGAUUCAGCUCUACAGUUCCAGGAUUAUACUCGCAUCAGAUACCAACAAAGGUUCCUGUGCAUCCAUCUUCUGGACAAUAUAACUUUGGUGGUUCUCAGAAUGUUUCUCUGUUAAGUAAUCAGGGAUCUGGGCAGACUCUUAAUAGACCACCUGUGGGACCUAUUUCUAUGGCACCUUUGCAACAUACAAGUUCUGUUCCCCAAAUGCUCCCUCCGUCACAAAACUCUGCUGCUAUACCAUCAUCUUCUAGUAGCUUCGUUCCUGGAGCUUAUCCCCCAGCACUUUCAAACUGGCAGUAUGGUCAGACUCCUAUGAGUCAGCCGACUGGGUCUCAAACAAACCAUUUUGCUCAUGUAGCAGGAACAUUACCAACCCAGCCAUUAUUAUCAUCAUCAGGGAGCACAAAUCCUGCAACAAGCUAUCAGUAUACUGUUUCCCCUGGAGGUCCUCCACUUCAAAACAGCUACAUGAAACCAGGCUUUGUUCCUCCACCAGUGAAUCGGCCUUUAGCUUCAGCAUUCCCUCCUGCUAGACCUCCUCUAGGACCGCCUCCGGCCGGAGGUCCACCUUUAGUGAGGCCAUCAGCAACCCCAGUAGGACCGCCUAACAGCUCUCUGCCCCAACCUCUGCUAAAUUCAGCUACAAACCAAGAAGCAGGUGAUGCAACAGCCACUGCCAGUGAUGGAUCUUUGGUCCAAAACAGUUACGAUGCAAUAGAAGGAGGCGGCUUCAUGGCAACCACAUAUCCGUCUCCUGCUCCCCAGAAUCUUAAAAUGGGUAGAAAUGUUGGGUAUUCUUAUCCCACCUUACCACCAGGCUACCAGAAUGCAUCUUCACCUGGAGCACCGGGAAUGCAGUCCUCACCUCUGCAAUAUCCAGCUGGACCGCAACCAUUUCCUCAGCCUGUGUUGGGCACUAAUCACAUAACUGGGUCUAUGAGUGGCCUGAGUCUGCAACCAGAAGGAUUGAGAUGUAUCAACCUUCUUCAAGAAAGAAAUAUUCUUCCUACAACACCUUUGCAGGCUCCUGUCCCAAACUUGCAUGAAGAAAUCCAGAAGCUCAACUGUAAUCCAGAGUUGUUCCGAUGUACCCUGACUAACAUUCCUCAAACUCAGGCCUUGUUGAAUAAAGCCAAACUUCCUUUGGGGCUCCUGCUUCAUCCUUUCAAAGACUUAUCGCAAUUACCUGUGGUCACCUCCAGUACAAUUGUGAGAUGUCGUUCCUGCAGGACAUAUAUUAACCCUUUUGUCAGCUUUCUAGACCAAAGGAGAUGGAAGUGCAACUUGUGUUAUAGAGUGAAUGAUGUUCCUGAAGAAUUCAUGUACAAUCCUGUGACAAGAGUAUAUGGAGAACCUCAUAAAAGACCUGAAGUUCAAAAUGCUACUAUUGAGUUCAUGGCUCCCUCCGAAUACAUGUUACGUCCACCUCAACCUCCUGUGUAUCUCUUUGUGUUUGACGUCUCCCACAAUGCAAUAGAAACAGGAUACUUGAAUACAGUCUGCAAGACCUUAUUAGACAAUCUUGACUUGCUUCCUGGGAACACUAGAACAAAAAUAGGCUUUAUAACAUUUGACAGCACAAUCCAUUUCUACAGUCUCCAGGAAGGUCUCUCUCAGCCUCAGAUGCUAAUAGUUUCAGAUAUUGAAGAUGUGUUUAUACCAAUGCCAGAGAACUUAUUAGUAAACUUAAAUGAAAACAAAGAGCUAAUUCAAGAUUUGCUGCGGACCUUGCCACAGAUGUUAACCAAGUCCCUGGAAACACAGAGUGCUCUAGGACCUGCGCUGCAGGCCGCCUUCAAACUGAUGUCUCCCACUGGUGGACGAAUUUCUGUCUUCCAGACACAGCUUCCAUCUGUAGGAGUGGGAUCACUGAAAUCCCGAGAAGAACCUAACCAAAGAGCAUCUGCAAAGGACAUACAUCUUACACCAUCCACCGACUUCUAUAAGAAGUUAGCCUUGGACUGUUCAGGGCAGCAGGUUGCAGUUGACUUGUUUCUUCUUAGUGGACAGUAUUCUGACUUGGCUUCAUUAGGCUGUAUAUCAAGGUAUUCAGCAGGAAGCGUGUAUUACUAUCAAUCUUACCAUCAUCAGCACAACCCUGUCCAGGUGGAGAAAUUACAGAAAGAGCUGAAACGAUACUUAACUAGAAAGAUUGGCUUUGAGGCCGUCAUGAGGAUAAGAUGCACCAAAGGUCUUUCCAUUCAUACCUUCCAUGGGAACUUCUUUGUGCGAUCAACAGACUUGUUGUCUUUACCCAAUGUAAACCCGGAUGCAGGAUAUGCUGUACAAAUGUCAGUAGAGGAAAGUCUCACUGACAUGCCAGUUGUUUCUUUUCAGUCAGCACUACUGUACACAUCCAGCAAAGGUGAAAGAAGGAUUCGAGUCCACACUAUGUGUUUACCUGUUGUUACAACACUGAAUGACGUGUAUCUGGGAGCUGACGUACAAGCUAUUACAGGAUUAUUAGCCAAUAUGGCUGUGGACCGGUCAGUUUCUGCUAGUUUGAGUGAUGCUCGUGAUGCCUUGGUGAAUGCUGUAAUCGAUUCACUAUCAGCUUACCGCUCUUCAGUCCUAAGCAUUCAGCAGCCUGGUCUGAUGGCUCCCUAUUCCCUACGACUCUUUCCACUUCAUGUACUGGCGCUCUUAAAACAAAAAGCAUUCCAGACUGGGACAAAUAUCCGUUUAGAUGAGCGUAUUUUUACUAUGUGUCAAGUGAAAAACCAGCCCCUAAUUUUCCUCAUGCUUAUGACCCAUCCCAAUCUGUACAGAGUUGACAAUCUCACAGACGAGGGAGCCCUCAACAUCAAUGAUAGAACAAUACCUCAGCCACCCAUUCUCCAGCUGUCUGUGGAGAAGUUGAGUAGGGAUGGUGCUUAUCUUAUGGAUGCUGGCUCUGUAAUGUUUAUGUGGGUUGGAAAGAAUUGUGGACAGAAUUUUAUCAGCCAAGUUCUUGGAGUUCCAAGUUAUGUAUCAAUACCACAGAAUAUGACGCAUCUUCCAGAACUUGAAACAGCUGAAUCUACCAGAACAAUAGCUUUUAUCUCUUGGCUGAGAGAGCAAAGGCCAUUCUUCCCUAUACUGUAUAUAAUAAGGGAUGAAAGUCCACUGAAAUCAAGUUUCCUACAGAACAUGAUAGAAGACAGAACAGAAUCUGCCUUAUCAUACUAUGAGUUCCUCCUGCAUAUACAGCAGCAAGUGAAUAAAUGAACCACUGGGUUGUAUGGCUCGCUUGCUUAGCGAAAAUUUCUGCAGUAAAGAACACUUGUGCUUGUAAUAUCUUUUGUUAAGUUUGUGGCCUGGUGCAGUUGAUGAGAAGUUCUCACUGUGAUUUCAACAAAGUAAAGCAAAUAAAGGACCACAACUGAGAAUCAUAUGUGCAACUACAUAAUAUUGUACUUCUAAAAUCAAAAUCUAUUUGAAGAGGUUGGGGAUCUUUAAUUUGCUGCAAAUCAUGCUUUUACUGCAAGCAGUUGCAGCAUGAAGUACAUUUGCAAAGGCAAUAUUGAAGGGGUGAAAUACAUUUUGUAAAAUGGAGUUCCUUGUUCAAAAUGUAUAUUUCUGUAACUUUUAGUUUUGCUUUUUUUUUGGGGGGGGGGGUUGCUGCUAGAUUUAAAACAUCAAUAUGAUUCAGUUGCAGGGAAAUUAUAUUGUCCUUAUGAUACAGUAUAUCCACUGAUUAAAUAUUGAACAUUUCUUUUAAAAAAGAGCUAUCUGGUACACUUAAAGUAGCAAUGAAACAAUUCAUUAUGAAAUGAACAAAUAUUUGAAAAAAAAAUUAUGAAAAUUUUAGGAUAUAAUGUUCUAGAAAUGGUUAUGUUGGAUAAGUCUGAAGGUAGCUUAAACUGGCCUAGCUGGAUUGAGAUAGAUUGAAGUAAUUUGUUAAAAAGCUUUUAAAUGUAUCAAUAUUCUUGUACCUGAAAGACAAGGUUGGCAUAGCAUACUGUGUAAACUGAAAACUAUAAUCAAGUUGUCUGGCAGCAAACAUGGGCUAAGACUGACACUGAGCCUUGUGUUUGUAGUUAAAAAUAAUGAGUUGGUCUUGUCUUAAUAGUUGAUUAAAUGGCAGGAAAGGGGGGAAAAGAAGGCAAAGCAUAAAACCACCUGAUCCUUUCUGUGCGUUACAUUAGAUAGAUUUCUGCUCUAAAAUAGGAUAACUAAAUGUUAGGCCCAUAAUUAUUUUUUUGUGAAAUGAGGCUGUGGUAGCAUUUCAUCCUUAAUUUAUCAAUAUAUUUUUGAGACAGCACUGAAUAUUUUGUUUGACAUCUAAAACUGAAUCCAAGCAGAAGUAAUAAUUUUGCUCUUGAAAUAAAUGGAAAAAACAUAUUAGUAGGAGGUGUUUUAUAGUUCAGUGAAUAUAUUUAAAGUUCUCCAAAAUCUUUUUUUUAUUGAAGCUAUGUAACAAGCCUAAUUCCAGGGCCAUGUGUGCACACAAUAUACAUGUUUUAAUUUAACUGACAGACCUGCAAGUGCUACAAAUUAAAUAUGGAAACUGGAUUUGUAGAAAGCUGGUAUUCUUAAAUGUAAGAUGUGUAAAGUACAUGGGAAUUAAAGUACAUCGGUUGGGAGCAAUCUGUAGAUGACAGGCUGUUUCUCUUUGUUACUAGUCAAUUUCUGCCCCUUAUAUGCCCAUGGAAGAAUUGUGAUGUGGAAAAAAUGUUUUCUACUUUAUUUUGCUUUUAGUUCAUAUUAAUGCUCAUACACUUAUAGCAGACUUGCAAAAAUCUCCUUGUUGGGGUCAAGUAACUUUUCAUUGAGUGAAAUGUUUACUAUAACGGUAGGCAAGUAGAUAUUAUGCCUACGCUAGUAAACUUGUGAAGGUUUUGCGAAGAGGAUUUAACAGGAUCUGGUAGGAUCACAGUUUCUGCAGCCAUUCGUCUGCUUCUGCUCCUGCUCCAGUUACAAUAUAAUUGACGGACAGGAGUUACCUCAAUGCAGGGGAGAAGCAGCUGUUUCUUCAUAGAAACAUCUUGUGCAAUUUGAGCACAAAAAAGCCACUAUCAUUUGUGCUGAUUUUUGUGAUGUUUUCAAAAGAGCAUUUUGGAACAGAUUUACUUCUCCCAAAGAUUAUUUAAACAUCCUGUGCAUUAUCUUCAGUCAACAUGAAAAUAUAUAGUAAGUACAUAGGGAAAAUUAUGUUUUAAAAUUUACUCAAUUACUUUAUUUCUGGCUUCACUCACAUUUAAAUCCUAUUUUUUUUUAUUUCUUAAAUGAGAAUCAGUCAUUCAGACAACCACAGUUUUAUUAAGUGGUACCUCACUCCAGGCACGUGAUGAUAAAAUGUACCCACUAGGAUGUUGGAAAUCAUCCAUGCAUCUCACAACAGACCCAAAGCCUUUGGUUUUUCUUACUAUUACCACAUACUUUGUCAUUUAUAUUCCAUAAACUUACAUUUUUAAAUAUAGUGUCUGUUUCAGAGAGAGCGUCACUUGCUUUAUGUAAACCAGGAUAACAGUUAUGAAUGUCAGUCUACAUGCCAGUACAGUAACUAACAUCAUUUCAAGUUAGGAUCCCUAAUAUUUUUCUCUGUGAAAACAAGCGAGCAAAUGAACCCAUUUGAGGUAGAAUGCUUUUGGAAUGUCCAGAUUGUAUUUAAGAAAUAUUCUGCAAUAUUGAAUGUGUAGUUUAAUUCCAUGCAGGGGUGAACAAAACAUGCUGCUUCAAUUUGUAUUACUCUUACAUCAUUGCAGAGCACACCGGUGUGUAAACUGCCUAUGCCACACUUCUCACUGUAUUACAAAUGUCAAGGAUAACUUGUUUGUUUUAAGAUCUUAAACAGGCAAGGGUGGUCCUGGUUGUUCUGUCUUAGUGCGACAACCCUACCACAGCACAUAUACUCUAUUUUUCUAGUUUCUGAGGUUUAACUAUUUGUUUGACACAUUAAUUUUAAUUCAGUCAACAUCAGUACCAUCCAUUUUAAUUUGUAUUCAUUAUCUUUUAUAAUUUAAUAUAUUUGAGUCUAGUCUAAAUAGACUAUUUUGCAAUAACUAGAAUAAGAUUUACAUUUCUUUUAUUCAGAGUUAAUUUCUUAACAAUUUAUAAUCAAAGAUGCAUAAUGGCUGUUAUAUAAGGGACCAUCAAAUGUGAUUUUAAGCUUUUGUUCACUAUUAGGGAUGUAAUCCUUAUAAAUUUAAUUUUGUAAAGUAGUGUAUAAUAUUGUAAUAUUAAAUCCUUGUUUUCUGAAACUCAGACACGGAUCUUCAGCAUGAAGUUAUAAAUCUUGCCCCUUCUGAAUCUGAGACAGGAUUUACUUGUCCUCCUUUUUACAGUUUGUAAUUUUCACUGUUUUAUUCCUGUAAAAAGUCAUUUGUAACACAUGCAAAUGCUUAUUUUAUCUGUGCUAAUUUAAAAGAUUUGGCUACUCAAUAAAACUAAUUGAAAGUG